UCUCUCUCUCUCAACACACACACACAAGCACGAACUGUUCGUUUUUCUCUCACUAGAAUGCAUUGCGCAACAAACUACUCGCCGGAGCAACUGCCGAUCGGCCACCGGUAGUCAAAUUACAGAAUGGGAAAGACAUCGAAAUUCUUCAAAUCGCUUUUAGGAUUCAAAUCCACCGGCGCACAGCCGUCGGGUUCAGACGGUAACAAGCAACCAAAGCGACGGUGGAGUUUUGUGAAAUCGCGCAGAGAGAAUCAGAAUCCUACACAACGAAACAAUUCCAAAUCUGUCGUCGGAACCUCAUUCCAUCAUAAUCAUCAUAAUAAUUCCGAUGAGAGGACGGAAGGCGGCGAGAGAAACGACUCAAAUGAAGAUUCGAACAAGCGUGCGAUUGCACUUGCUGCGGCCACCGCUGCGGUUGUCGAUGCGGCCUUGGUAGCAGCUCAGGCUGCCGCUGAAGUAGUACGGAUGACUAGCAGAACCACCGGCUACGGCGUUCACCACGAACUGGCUGCCGUCAAAAUUCAAUCGUGUUUCCGAGCUUAUCUGGCGAGGAGAGCGUUGAGGGCAUUGAAAGCACUGGUGAAGCUUCAGGCGGUGGUGAGAGGUCAUAUUCUAAGGAAACAUACCGCCGAUAUGAUGCGGCGUUUGCAGGCGUUGAUACGGGCUCAGGCACGUGCACGUGCACGUGCUUUGUCCACCAAAUCCUCUUCUCAUUUUCACCACCAUGGGCCUCAAACUCCUGAAAAACUCGAACAUUUUCCGCAUGCUAAACAAGAUCAUCGACCCAUACACAAGAGGAAUGGCUCAAAAUCGUACGCCAACUAUGGUUUAACUGAUCACGAAAACGACAAGAUCGUUGAAGUUGACACCGGAGAAUCCCACGUAACAACUAAAGGAAGGAAGCUCUUUCAAUUGGACCCGAACCAAAACAGUUUCGGGUAUAGUCAAAGUUUUACUACUUCAAGAGGGUCAACGGUUCAACCAACGAGCUCGAGCCCUUGUGCUUCUUGCGAAGUGAAUUCUAUCGAUUACUCCAUCAAAGGCGAACUAUCUACGCCCGUUAAGAGUGAAUGCUCGAGAAGUUGCCUUAGUGGAUACUCAGACCACCCAAACUACAUGGCUAACACCGAGUCAUCGAGGGCUAAGGUCAGGUCGCUAAGUGCUCCAAGACUAAGGACUCAGUUCGAGAUUUCUAAUGCAACAAAGAGGGAUUCGAGUUCCAAAUACGGUUCAGGUGGUAUGCAAUGGGUUCCGACCAUUCGGGAUAGUUUCGUUAGGAAGGCUUAUCCGGGAUCCGGACGGCUCGAUCGACUCGGGAUGCCGGUUUUGGCUAUGGAGGAAAAUGAGUUCUGUGUUGGGUAUUGGAAUUGAUCCCAAGGGAGUGAUGAUUUAAAGUAAAAGCAGGAAGAAGAAAAAAAA